AUGCUCCCAGCCUGCACUUUGGUGCCGGCCUUUGUGAGGAACCUGCACCAGACCCUCACAGCCAAUGUGCUGCCAGAGGACGGGCUGCUCAGGGACCUUUGGAGGGUGACGGAUGAACACCCCGCUGAUGUUGCGCUCACCCUCCUGCACUGUGCCCCAUCGUGUGACAGAGCUGCAGCAGUCAUGUGGAGGACCAUCACCUCGUCAGGAAGGACAGUGGAGAAGGUGCUGCCAGUGCUGCUCAGGGUGAUGGAGGAGUGGCCACUGUACUGCACAUUCACCUCUGAUGGGGACCACAAGCACAUCUAUGGCCUGGCUGCAAUCAGAGUGGUUUGGGAGAUUCUCCAGAGGCUCCAGUGUCCAGAGCCAUUGAAGGAGAACUCCCCCCGCCUCCUGGUGGCUCUGCUCUUCAACGUUUUCAUCAGCACAGAGCCCAUGCCAGAGAAGAUCGACACCUUCUGGAGGCAAUGCUGGCAGGAACAGGGACUUGCCAGGAACCCCAAGAGGUUUGCAGUGCACGUAAUCAAGGCCUUGCUCUUCCAUCUGGAGUGUGAGGACGUGGUGAUGGCCAUGGAUCGCAAGGCUGCCUGGGACACGCUCUUCCACAUGGACACCCACCACUAUGCCGUGGGUCUGCUGGCCAGGGAGAUGCGCCGUGUCUCCAGCCCCUUGUGUCGCCACAUGGGCUGCUACCUCCUCCAGCUGCUCAGCCAAGCAGCAGUGUUGGCACUGCGCUGGGAGCUCCCCGCCAUGGCCUUCUUUGUGGAGGUCCUGGACUGCUUGGACAUGAGGGAAUGUGGCGACAGAGUCCUGCAGAUCCUUGCCAGGCCCCUGCAGAGCAAGUGCCCAGAGAGGAAUCGCCUGGCGCUCAGGAUGCUCCUGGUGCUCAGAAAGGAUCCAUCAAUGGCUGACAGCACGCUGAGCCUCACACCAAGCCUGGUGCAGCUCCUGGGGGAUGCAGAUGGAGAGCUGGUGGCAAUGAUCCUGGCUGUGCUCUGGGAUCACUUGCGGGAGCCAGACAUCCAGCUCUCCAGACCCACUGCCCUGAAGCUGGCUGAGGCGCUCCAGCCACUCCUCGGCAACGACAUCAGCCAAGUGCAGCUGCUCUCCAUUCACGUCUUCCACAAGGUGAUGGAGUUGGCAGCCAACAGCGCAAGAAAGACCCUGAAGCGCUACGUGGUGCAGAGCCUGCUCCCCCUCUUCUUGCACUGCCACAAUGACAACCGGCACGUGGCAAAGGUCUCUCGCCAAGCACUGCUUUGUGCGGCCAGGUUCCUGAAGUGGAGCGAUCUGGAGAACCUGGUGAUGACAGAGACCCUGUGCACAUUUGGCAAGUGCUUGCUGCAGAAGGACAAGAGGAGAGCGGCCAAGUACCUGCGCCAGGCUCUGCCGUACCUGCAGAGCCCACAGGAGCCCGUGCGAGAGGCGGCCCUCGGCUUCAUGGGCAUUGCCGGCAGGUACCUGAGGGGACAGCACAAAGAGCUGCUGCUCGUCAUCCAGGGUGAGUGA